CGACGGAAGUCGCAGAUUUCUAUGCGAUGCUGCUGCCGGAGCUGCUGCUACUCGGCUUGGCCGUCUCCCUGGCGGACAGCUACGACCGAAGCGUCAACUACUGGGAGGCCUUUGCGCCGGGCAAGCUGCUCCAGCGCCUGGACGCUCUCACCGUCACGGAUGUGGACCAAUCGAAGGUGGUCAAACUGCCGCAGCUGAUGCAGCCCAUCCUGCCAGCCAACAACCAAGCGCAGGCCAAGGUGGACGAGGACGUGGACCUGGAUGUCGAGACAGAUGCAGAGGCGGCGGCCGCUGACGAUGUGGACAGCCUCAGUGCGGAGACCAGCCACGAGGGAUACUCCGGCGAGGACAACUACGAGCGCAACUACGAGCAGUUCGUCAAGGAGUACUUCGAUCGGGCUGCCGGCGACGAUGACCACGACGACGGCGAAGGCCUGGAGGAGGAGGAGGAGGAGGAAACCCAGGCGGAGGCCACCAGUGUCAGGGAUCAGCGCUGCCGGCAGGUCAAGCGGAAGGAUGGCCAGCUGUGCGAGAUCUGUCGCCAGUUGAAGAACAACGAGGUGUCCGAGACGUGCAGCUACUCGCACGACGACCAGCCGCAGCAGUACGCCUAUGGCAGCGGCAGCCAGUACAAGCGUUACCGCGACGAUCCCGCACAGAAGACGGAGCAGGAGCAGGAGCAGGCUGAGCCGGUGGCCCCCAGCAGCCUGUGCGUGCGCCGCCAGCAGAAGAACAGCGUCUGCUACGAGUGCAAGGACAGCAAGGGCCAGAAGAUCGAACGCUGCUACGAUGUGCAGGCCCGCAAGGCCAAGACCCGCAAGACGAAGGCCUCCUCCAGCCGUCAUCCGUCCAGCUUCGCCCACAAACGUAAGCCGCGCUCCCAGCAGUCGCAGCAGUCGGAGCAGGAGCAGCGCAUCUACAAGCGCACCAUUAGCUACAGCUAUGCCCAGGGCACGGAUCAGCAGGGGCAGGGGCAGGAGCAGCCGACCGGCGGGACAACGGAGCUGCCAGUGCCCCGCCAGCGUCGCCGGCGGCUGGUGAAGAUUACGCGUCGGCGCGGACCGGCUAAAGUGCAAUAAUAAUCGUGUUUUCUUUCGCAUGACUCAAUGUAUAACCCACUCAUUAGCUUAGAUUGAUUACCACACGUUUUUUUUUUGUUACAAUAAACCAUUCUGUAAGAACACAUUGCAUACUUGCGGGCUAAUCAGCUAGAAGAGAUCAUCAAGAUUAGCUAGAAAAAGGUUUUAUCCCAAAAAUAAGAAGUUCUGAAGUUCCGAAAUAUGAUGCACUCUUGUGGAAUUUUAUAAAAUUCUAAUAUUAGCAAGGGUAUUUCGAAAUAUUUGCUUGCUUUUGAGUUUGUUUUGUUUUUUUCAUUAUAAAAUUUGAUAUGAAGUGUAAUUGUUAAAUGAAAAUCCAUGUUCUUCGCAAUGGCAAAGUAUGAACAAUUGCAAGACACACAUGAACAACAAGGAUAUAUGCUAAAUAAAACCAUGAUUCAAUGUUAAUAAUUAAUUAAUAAGCAAGUGAGAACCGCUGAAUUCAUUUCGAUUGAACAAAAAUCGUUUAUUGAGGGGGUUUCCAUUUCCAUUUCAUUUAUUUGUAAAACCACAAACAUCUUUACAUUGGCAUUAAACUGGAUGCGACAAUUUGCAAUUGAAACGAACAACAUUUACUUAACAAUAAUUUUGGAGCUGCCGAUGCGAAAGGGAGAGGGACAGCAGGCGAGCGGCGAAAGAGACGGCUAUAGCAGCCGGUGAUAAAUGCGGCUAUAGCUUUGACUUUGGGAAUCGCUAACGUUAACUAUUCGAUUCGACACUCGAAUUUCGACAAUUGAAAUCGCAGUGUCUUCAGUUUGAAACCUCAACUCAAACACACAACACAACUUGAACACUUAGCACAUGAAUAGAUUUUGAAACCGACAUUCUAGCCUAGCAUUCUAGUAUGCAUUUUAAGUCUAUUGUUGCUCCGGUGCUUGGUGCGCAUAAAAAAUGACAUUGCAUAAUCCUAGUGCUGUGCGAAAUAGUUAGAAAUAGUUUAACUAGCAAUUGCCACCGUUCUCAACUUGCACUCAAGCGGGGCUUCGUUUUUGAUUAACACAAUUAAUGCGGCUAAUAUGACAUUCAAAAGCUUAGGAAUAAGCAAUUAACAAUACUAGUUCGAAUCCAAAGUUUGAUUUAGUGGCGAUGGGACUGAUCAUCAUGACUGAUAUUUGCAGAGUAAACAUUCGUACUUUUUUGUUGUAUUUUCAAGAACAUCGUUGCGUUUGCUAACUACACAUUUUCGCAAAGUGAUUCGUUGGCUAUAUAAAUAGGUACAUUAUAGUUAGUCGUAGUUAUUAGGUAUAGCUAUAGUUAUAGGUAUAGAUAUCUAUAAAUUGGCUGGCCUAAAAUGUUGAUCAUCGUGUAAAUAUGACGGCUAUCGUUAUUGCUAAAGCUUUUACUUCCUUAUCGUCGUUACUUCUCAUUGUUCGAACAUUUUGUGGCUGCGUUGCUUUCGUUAUGUUAACAUUUGCGUUUCAACUAGGGUUAAAUAUCUACCAGUACAAGUACAAUAAUAUGAAUAUAAAUCUUAAAGCUUUGUUUCUAUGGAAAUACGCAUUCCCUUCCAUUUCAUUUCAUUCGCACAACCCUCACUCGACGUGGGACGUUUACAAGUACAAGUUAAGAACAAAAAAAUAAAAUAAAAUAAAGUAGAACAAACACAAGAAACGCACAUAUACAACUUAAGUGGCUAAGGUUUCUUAGAAAUGUAAGCAUGUACACUCAGAUUUAUAUAUUUGCAAUAUAUAGUUGUAAACAAUUGAAACGCUAAAGGUAAACAUUCCCAGACAAACAUUGCUGCUUGCUGUGGAUUUUGUAAUUUUCCGGUGAUUGGCACAAAAGUUUCAAGCAGACGACGCAAUAAAAAAAAAAGUAAAGAAAAAGAAAAUAAAAUAAAAUAAAAGGAAGGCAAACAAAAUAGGCU